CGCACGCAGCCAGAUCCCGCGACUGACGCUGCAGGCUGCUGCACUCCAAUCCCCCAUCAGGAGAGAGAGAGAGAGAGAGACGUAGAGACACAACGGGAAGAGAGAGAGGGAGGAGAGAGAAAGGGGGGACUGCAGAGCGCAGAGGGUCUGGAUGAAUAACCAUGGCAACAGCAGCAGCACCAGCAGCAGCAGGAGGAGAAGCGCUGUUAUAAACAUUACAACGGCGCGCGAUCAUCCCGCAAAACAGCGACUUGUGAGUGGACAAAGGCUGGAGCAGAGACAGCCCGCGGUGGACAGCACUCUACAUCACUGCUAAGGUGAUGAGUGGGAUUAUAUCAUGUCUGAAGUACAGGGAACACUGGAGUUUUCUGUCCAGCUGCACAAGUUUCACAAUGUGGAUCUGUUUCAGCGGGGGUUCUACCAGGUUCGAGCAGGGUUGAAGGUCUCACCUCGAGUGCCCCACAGGUUAAUAGCGACGACUCAAGACAAUGCAGGAGAAUGCAGCUUCAGCUCUGCAGGGGUUUACGACGGCGCCGUGUUCAGCCGGAUAUUUCAGAUCCUGUACAGAAACGAGGAGAUUGCGGUGAAUGACUGCAUGGUCUUCAAAGUCCACCUGCUACUGGACGGUGAAAGGGUGGAGGAGGCGCUGAGUGAGGUGGACUUCCAGCUGAGGCUGGACCUUCAUUUCACUGACAAUGAGCAGCAGCUGGAGGAGAUCCUGACUGUGCCGCUGAUCAGCAGUCGCACCCUCAGUCUUCACUUCCACCCUCGUAAAGGCCUCCACCACCACGUCCCCGUCAUGUUCGACUACUUCCACCUGUCGGUCAUCUCUGUGUCCAUACACGCCUCACUGGUUUCCUUACAUCAGCCACUGAUCAGCUUUGCUCGUACAGGGAAGGGCUCUUGGCUCGGGAAGAGUUCACCAGAGAGCUCCAGUGACCCAUCUGCCAUGUCUGUGGAGAACCUUGUGUUUGGCGCUGGUUACUGUAAGCCUGUCAUCUCUGAGGGAAGCUUUUAUGUGCCCAGUGAAAACUGCCUGCAGAGAGCUCACACGUGGCAUCGUAGGCUGUGUCGCCUCCUGUUGGUGGCGUUCAGAGGUCUGCACACCUACUACACUGCACUGAUGAAGGAGAUCCCACAGCUGCAGCAGUCUGCGCUCGAUGCAGAUGUGCUGCCGGUCGAAGAAACUCUCAAUCAGCUCACGAUAGAAUUACAGCUGCAGGAGGGCCACGAGAAGGUAGCAGAGCAGAUCAGCAGAGACGUGAGUCAGCUCUGCUCCCAGCUGGCUGCUCUGUGGAGCCGCUUCCUGGAUGCUGCUGUGCUCAACCCCCACAUCCUCUCCCAUCUGGCCCAGGAGCACCACACACUCAGGGUCAGGAGGUUCUCGGAGGCUUACUUCUUCACGGAACACUCCAAAGAGAUAUCGCUUACUUUCCAAGAGGAAUUAAUCAACAGACAUGGCCAGAUCGCUGCAGAAGUGCGGAACUCGGACUACCUGACCAAGAUGCCUCCUUUACCGGUCGAGUGCCUGGACAUCGAUGGAGACUGGAACAGCCUGCCCAUUAUCUUUGAGGACAGAUAUGUGGAGUCUCCACAAACAGUGAGGGCGUCACACGUGCCUGCAACUUGUGAGAAGCAGACCACUUCAGAUCCAGUCAGCAUGUUUUCCAAAAAGACUUUUAAAAGCAGCCAGGGAGCCAGAUCACCAGCCACACAUUCAGAUCCCUUGGACAGUGAUGAUUGUAUUGACCUGCCCACGUACGUCUCCUUCAUAGCGGAGCAGAGUAAAACUCACACCAACAUCAGACGUGUUCAGAGUCCAGUUCCUCCUGAGGACAGAGCUGAAAUCCCAGCUCAGUCGGACGCAGAACCCUUGAAGGAACCCACAGAAAAACAGGGCCUGGUUGAGGAGAACUGUGAUUCAGCCCUGAGACACAUCACAGUCGAGCCUUGUGACGUGGAUCCCUGCCGAGGCCAAACGGUUCACACUCCACUCACGCUCUCCACGAACAGCAAUUAUGAGUCGUCUCAUCACGAUGCCAAAAACCAGAGAAAUGCAAGAGAGAGUCAACACAAUGAAAAGCCGUCCGAAAAUCCCUCCUUGAAUGGUGAGAGUGAGGACCUUCCUCUCAUCAGCCUGCCCACCGUGCAUGUACAUCCGGUCAUAUCUGCCUUACCAGGUGAUCUCAGAAAAGAGGCGACUCACCGCGGAGGCCUGGUUAACUCCAAGAUCAUGAAGCGCUCGUCCUCGGUUAUUUCCGACUCAGGUAUAGAGAGUGAGCCCAGCUCCGUGGCGUGGCCCGUGGACGCCGCGCAGCGCGGACGACCACCACUGGACUUCUGCAACGACCGGGAGUUCUCGCAGCAGAUAGUUUGUCGCCACCCGGUCCACCGCAGUUCUCUGGAAGGCCUGCAGAUGGAGAGUAACGGCAGCCUUCCGAGCGCUGGCAUCCAGGCUUCACUCACCUCCAUCAGCUCCCUGCCCUAUGAGGAGGACCAGCAACUGAGGCAGCUCAGCAAACUGACCAAGUCAGUCUCAGCACCACAGAUAAGCAGUCCAGAAGAUGCUGAAGAGGACCACGUGUUGCUAAACCAGGAAGCAAACCCGAAGAGCUUAUUGAAACACCAGGACCUGUGUAAGAACAGCUCUUCCCUGAUCAGCAACCUCGAUUCAGAGCGAUCAGAGUCGUCUCUGUUAGAAACAAGUUCAGCUACAAACGUUGUCGAGGAGUACGGUCGAUGUGAGACGAGCGCGUCUGACGUGUCCGUUGAAGGCCGUCAUGUGACAGAACGCGACGGCGAGAACACAGCGAGUGUGUCAGCGGAGGACGUGCAUCUCACUGAAUCAGAGGCAGUGCCCUGCAGCUGUGUGCAUGACAGUGCCAACCGUUUCCAUGAGUCUUUAGUGGAUGCUGACCAGGACCAGGACCUGGACCAGGAGGGUCUGGACUCAUCUGAAACACCACUCGAGUUUUCCAACAAUCUACAUAACAGCAGCACCACCACAGCAGCGCAGAGGCCCAGCGACCUCGCCGGGCUCACAGACGGUGAUAUUGUGUCACCCUUUGACCUCAAUGGGAUCUCAUCCAGUGAGAAAGAGCCAUUGGACGGUCAGACCAAGUCUUCUAAGAUCCCCAACUCGGGUCUGGCGUUCGUAAAUAAAAAGAUGGUGGAGGUGGUGAACAUGUCGGUGUCCUGCGCCCCGACCUGCCUGCCGUUCUCUUCAGUCUUGAGAGACUCUCCGUCCAUCAGCGGAAUGUCGACUCGCCAGGCUGCAUCGCCGAUCACCAAUCAGCCGCUCGGCUCCUUUGGGAUCAUCUCCUCGUCUUCUUUCAACCCGCUGAACACGGACGAGGAGACCAAUGAGCGGAUGCUGAAUUUCUACAAAGCCAAAGAGGAGCUGUUCAAAGAGCUGAGCUUCCCGGCCAGCCUGUACAGCGACCUUCCUCUCCUCGCGUCAGAUCUGCCCUACUUCCCACCCGAGGAGGACGACGAGGAGUUUGAUGACGGCAUUCAUCUUGUCGUGUGCGUCCAUGGGCUUGACGGAAACAGCGCAGAUCUCCGGCUGGUGAAGACGUUCAUUGAGUUAGGGCUGCCGGGAUCCAGGCUGGACUUCCUCAUGUCUGAGAGGAACCAGACCGACACGUUUGCAGAUUUUGACACCAUGACGGACAGGCUGCUGGACGAGAUCAUCCAGCAUAUCCAACUGUACAAUCUCACCAUAGGCAGGAUCAGCUUCAUCGGCCACUCUCUGGGGAACGUCAUCAUCCGCUCGGUGCUGACAAGGCCUCGCUUCCGCUGCUAUCUGCCCAAGCUGCACACUUUCCUCUCGCUGUCGGGCCCACACUUGGGAACGCUGUACAACAGCAGCACGCUGGUCAGCACAGGUCUGUGGUUGAUGCAGAAGCUGAAGAAGUCAGGCUCCCUGCUGCAGCUCACCUUCAGAGACCACGUCGAUCCACGGAAAACAUUCCUCUAUCUCCUGAGCCAGAAACCAGGUCUCCAGUUCUUCAAGAACGUGGUGUUGGUGGCGUCUCCACAGGACCGCUACGUCCCUUUCCACUCUGCCAGAAUAGAAAUGUGCAAAACCGCUCUCAAAGACAAAACCACAGGACCCGUGUACACCGAGAUGAUCAACAACCUCCUCCAGCCGCUGGUGGGAGCUAAAGAAUGCCAGCUCAUCCGGCAGAACGUGUUUCACGCCCUGCCCAACACGGCCAACACCCUGAUCGGCCGCGCGGCCCACAUCGCCGUCCUGGACUCUGAGCUUUUCCUGGAGAAGUUCUUCUUAGUGGCAGGACUCGACUACUUCAAGUGAAGGUGCUCGUCCCGCAGGCGGCGGAGCCAGGACUUUACCCUCGCCUUGUAAGAGUGAAACUUCAUGUAUAUAAUGUCAGGAGCGGGAGAGGUAAGGCCUGUGUGUGCGUGCAUAAGAAAAGAAAAAGGUCAUCAUGUAUUGUGACUGGUUUUCAUGAACUCAAAGUGUGUGAGUUUAACGCGUAGCCAUGCGAAACAGAACAUCUGACGUCAGACUGCGGAUGUUUCUGUCGGCCUUAUGAACACUAACAGACGCUCAUUUUGGUUGAUAGCAUUUAGCGACUCACAGCUGACGUCGAUCCAAGUCCUACGACAUCUUAGGACGGCGGCGACAAAAAGAUGCAAAGCAUUUAUCCUUCUGAUUGUACAUGACAUUGUUGUACAAAACCAAACGACGGUCCUUUAUACAGAAAAUAGUAUAUUGUUUAAAUGUAUUUAUUUUUUAAUCUGCUAAUGUCUCUACAGUGUAAGUAUUCCAUCCGAGUGUGGCGUCGUCCUCAUUGAAUCCAUCAAAUGAAAUGACUUUAUGGAAGUGUUAUUAUUCUGUGUAGCCUAGGAUUCAGUGCGGUGAGUCUAAAAAAGGAAAAAAAGAUCUAUAUUUUUUCAUACAUUUACUUUGAUUCGUUUAUAAUUAACUACAUUCACCCUGAUUGGCCGCACAUUUAGCUCAAUGAGAAUUGUAGUAUAUUUGAUACCAAUGCCACGUUUGGCCACUUUUUUGACUGUUUGCACACUUUCAUGCUGCGCCUGUCAAACAUGACAAAAACAACCACCUGACACAGUUUACCGCCAAAUAUUGUGUUUGACUGUUUUUGUUGUAAAUCUGGAGGGAAAUUGCAAGAAAUGAUGCGUUGUGCAAAAGCUGGAGGCGUGAUUUACUCAUUUGGCAUCACAGGGUCAAGUGUGAAGGAUUUAGAGGAAUAUAUCACCACAAUAUAAUAUAAUAUACUCUCUAUUCAUUCUUGUGUAUUUGUCAACUUAGAAUGAACCCUUUAUAUUCAUGAGAAGCAGUUCCUCUUCCACAGAAUUCACCGCGUUGUACCGGCCGUGUACGUACGAGCUGAGAAUGGACCAAAUGCUGGCUCCAGGGAGAGCUUUUUAGGUUUUUAUGCUUCCUUCAGGCCACUGCAAUUUCCCCUCAUAUGCAGUAUAUACACUGGAGAGUGUGAAGAAGGGGAGAUUUAGAUGAGCUGAGGGCGGAGUGGAGUUGGUAAGCAAACGCUGGCGGCAGCUGACGGUGAAGAGUAACUCGACGACUUAAGUUCUAAUACUAAUAACUGUUCAGCUGUUUGCUUUGCAUAAAUGGAGCCAAAAGAAAUGGAUGAAAUUGAUGUAAAUUCAGAUUUAAAGGAAUACUUCACCAAUUUGCAUUUAGCUUUGUAUUACUAGAAG